AUGGCCUGGCGAUCCUCGGGCGCAACAAACGAAGCCCUAAUCGAGAACCUCGCGCGCCACGGCUUGAUAACUUCGUCACGAGUCAAGCAGGCAAUGCUAGGAGUCGACAGAGCACACUACGCCCCCUCCUCCCCCUACCAAGACUCCCCGCAAUCCAUCGGGCACGCAGCCACAAUCUCCGCUCCGCACAUGCACGCCGCAGCCGCCGAGUCGCUCCUCCCGUUCCUCAAACCCGGCUCCAAAGUUCUCGACGUAGGUUCUGGAUCUGGGUACCUGACUCACGUGCUCGCCGAGCUCGUCAAACCUGGUGGGAGAGUGGUGGGCGUCGAGCACAUUCAGCCGCUGGUGGAGCUGGGGACGCGGAAUACGAGGAAGAGUGAGGAGGGACGGGAGUUGAUGGAUGCGGGCGGGAUUCGGUAUGUGAAGGGUGAUGGGCGCUUGGGCUGGGCGGAGGAUGCGCCUUAUGAUGCUAUUCAUGUCGGGGCGGCGGCGAGGGAUGUACAUCCUGCGCUGGUGGAGCAGUUGAAGGCGCCGGGGAGACUCUUUAUCCCUGUGCAAGAGGGCAACUACCAACACAUCUACGUUAUCGACAAGAAGGAGGAUGGCAGCGUGACGCGCAAGAAGGAGUAUGGCGUGCAAUAUGUGCCUUUGACCGAUGCGCCGAAGGAUUGA